AUGGGCCUCGGCCAGGCUCACUUGCCCUUUGCCUUCCAGGUUAAAGCAAAACAUAAUGUCCUUGCCGGGUUUCUGAAGGCUAAUGUGCUGCAGCUGCUCGUGUCUUAUAUCUACUUGGCUCUCAACAAUAUACUGACGACCAUGCUCGCGAUGGGGGAAUGGUGCGCGUACAGUAGUUGCGCUGAACGUGGAACUGAAGCUCAAACAAGCUCAGACAAGGAUCAGGACGAAGACGGCAAAGGCCUGCGCGUAUCGUCCCCAGCGCCAAACACGGCGCAGCGAUCCACAUACACGCUCUCCGUUCCUCUGAAAUGGGGAAUUCCGACCACGGCCUGCAUUGCUGUCUUGCAUUGGCUGGUGUCGCAGAUGUUCUUCUGUGCUAGUAUCGAUGUGUACCCGCUCAGCUCUGGCGCUGAUGGUGGAACUGGCUCUGGCUCUGGCUCUGACGCUGGUUCUGGUGCGCCGUCGUCGUUAUAUAAUACAUUCUACUCGCCACUGGCUAUGGUCAUUUCUGUGUCGCUUGGGUCUGCGACGCUCAUUGUUCUCCUCGCCGUUGCGAUAUUCAAGAGAUAUCCUGGGUCAAUCCCGUUGGCGGGGUGUUGUAGUGCGAGCUUGGCGGCUGCUUGUCAGCCCUCGAGGAGUUUUCUUGGGACUGGGAAUGAGGAAGUGACGGGAGAGGAGGAGGAGGUGGGGGUGAAUGAUUUGGUCUAUAAGAAGUUGAAAUGGGGUGUUGUGGAGGGAGCUGGGGAUGUUGACAUUGACGUUGACAGUGGCAUUGGACAUGCAACGUUUGCAGUGGGGGGCGUGACGCCGUUGAUGGUAGGCAAGUUGUAUGCUUGA